GCAGGCCAGUAUUGGCUGAGCAGUGAUGAGGGGAGGACGCGUGCUUCGUUUGUUCUCUCCUAAUAACUGAGCUAUUGGGCGCUACGUGUGCAGCGAGUCGUGGUGUUGACAGCUACACAUGACAGGAGGGGGCUCACGCAGAGAGCGCUGAAGGAAGGAGGAAGAGGAGACUUGGGCUGAGCGUCAAUCUCUCUGCUGUAGAAGUGAGAGCAAUCAAAAAAGAUAGAUAAAAAAAAAGGAAAACUCAUUAGCUAUCUACUACAUCCUUAGGAGACCACAGGCGCACGUGACAUGGGUGCCGCUGGAGUGUGGGUGGUGGUGGGGGUGUGGGCGGCCCUGAUAUCCUUCGCCCCCACGCCCACAGAAGGCUGGAUCCCUUUCUUUGGGCAGGAACUCCACAAGCAUCUUAAUUUGGAAAGCCAUCACCGAGAGUGGGAUAUUCUUGGACUCCUGAGCAUCAAUAAGACCCAAGCUGGCGUGUCCUCUGCUAGGGGUCCCCUCCCUGACACCUCCGCGUGGAGACUGCGAGACCCUUAUGACAACAUACAACUCGGCCCUGAUCUCGUCCAUAAGAUUGCCUCCACCCUGCAUGAUGAAGUGAGUCUCUAUUUCGUGUACAAACAACACAAGAAGACCCUCGGUUCCCUCCUCUCCAUCAACCUGCCUGGGAAGAUCAAACCCUUCAUUCAGUUUAAUGACGGUGCUGCCCUCUUCUGCCCCAGGUGGUGGUCCAAUCUGAAGACGCAACGCCUCAACUUCUUCUACCACGUGAAGGAAGACGCCAAGACCCACCAGGCGUCCUUCCACCUGCCGGACAAGGUUGGAUGGACCUGGACGCGUCUUCUGCUGAGCGUGAACCAGACUGAUGCUCGCCUGUGGGUCAACUGCGCCCACUACAGCAAGGUCAGGCUGGCGGGGCACAUUGACCUUCAAAUACCUGCAGGAGGGUUGCUUUACUUCCGCCAGGAGCCCGGACUGAAGAACAAGCUGAUAGGCAGCAUCCAGAUGACCAAGCUGAUGAACUACAGCGUCAACAGUCGCAUCUGGAGGUGUUCCUACGACUCGCAGUUCGGUCCCAGCUGGCGCCCUCCUCUUCUGGGCUAAACGGCUCCACUUGUCGCAAUUCCCCACCUGUUCUUUAUUACUCCACCUGCUUCUCCCUGCACUGCUCCACCCGCUCACCUCUCCACGUAUCCACAAAGGCAUGCCAUGUAUAACCACGUAACCAUAUCAGCAAGUUGCCUAUACUCUUAUCAUUGACGCAGUUUUAAGUUUAUUUCUCCCAUGUACACUAUCAUUAGUCUACUUCUGCUUCCAUGUCAAGCCUCACCAUUGUCAGUGUAACUCUUGUAUUCCCCACGUCUGUUUCCCGCCACCUGUCAGUGCUCAACCCACCUAAACGUGCUGAAAGUACGAAGAGUGAAGCUACGUUGUAUCACAUCAGAGAUUUAUCAAGGACUGAGAAAACUUUGCGAAAAUUCAACAUCUUUAUUUCUCAAGAUGGGAAGGAAUUAAGAAUUAGAUGAAGAAUGAUGAGCAGAACUUGUUGAAAACUUAAAUAUCGUCUUUCAUUUUUCAAGACACGAAGAGAUUACAAAACCUAUGAAGAACUAAAAGCGCAUAACUUUACGAACAUAAAAUCAGAAUAAAGUAAGAAAUGCAAAAAGAACUAGCACGAGAAUUUUACAAGAUCUGAAACAUUUCUUCAAGAUCAGAAACCAUUAGGAAUAUUGGUGGAACUUCAAGAAAACCAAGACUGGACAAAAGAAAAUGAAGACCUUAUAGAGAACUUGACCUCUUUUCCUUUUCCUGAGUCAUGCUAUGAAAAAAUCGAGGUCUUUAAGAAAACUUGAAGAUUUUUCCCCCUUUUGCAAAUUAAGGCAACAGGAAAUCCAGUUUUUUUGUAGGGUAUUUAAUAACCUUCUCUUGUCUUUCUCUGCUCCAACCCAAGACGAGAGAAAAUUCAGGCUUUUUUGGAGGGAACUUAAAGACCUCGACAUCCUUUCCAACUCUAGACAAAAAGAAAUUCAAGUCUUUAAGGAAAUUUGAAGACCUUGAUCUCUUUACCCACUUAAGACAAGAGGAAAUCUUAGUCUUUUAGGGAACAUGAAAGCCUUGAUCCCUUGUCCCACUCCAAGAGGAAAUCCAAGUCUUCUUAAGAGAACUUGAAGACCCAUUUAAUUUUUUCCAAGACAUGAAGAACAAGAGAUGGAGAGCAGAAUCCGAUUUAUCCAUCCGGGAACUUGAAGAUCUUCCCCCCUCUUCCAAGUUUAGACGAGAACAAAUGAAUAUGAAGAAGAAUCCGACCUUUCCAUUCCGUUGAAGCUACGUUCCUAUUCCAAGACGAGAAGAACAAAAAGAACUAAAGGAACAUGAACAAAUUGCUCCCUUCCCACACAGAUCAAGAGAAUACUUACCCACACAUCUCCAUCUCCAUCCACCUCCCAGUGACCUACCCACAUAUCCGAGUUCAAGGUGACCAGUUGAUACGAAUUAGAGGUAAAGGAUAUUUUUUUUAGUUUACCUUGUAUUGUCUCUGUAAUCGGGCCGUAGGUAAUUGAUUUUCAGUUGUUAGUUACGUAACUAGCUGUUGUUUUAUGAGUAGACGAAGUGGUUAUAGGAGAUGUAGUUAGUUGACUUUGCUUUCAUUUUUCGUAGUCUUGUCUUCCAUUACUCUCUCUCUCUCUCUCUCUCUCUCUCUCUCUCUCUCUCUCUCUCUCUCUCUCUCUCUCUCUCUCUCUCUCUCUCUCUCUCUCUCUCUCUCUCUCUCUGACGCUGAGAUUCUUUAACACAUCAUUUUCUUUAUUCAAUAUUUAAUACUCAUUCCGAGGUGACAAAAUUUAUACGUUUUCUCGUUUUCUAUUCACGAGUCAGAGCUUUUGAAAUUGAAACAAGGUGGCUGUGUGUGGGACUGACAGUAGUGUGUGUGUGUGUGUGUGUGUGUGUGUGUGUGUGUGUGUGUGUGUGUGUGUGUGUGUGUGUGAAUAUUAGCACACUACUGCAUCCCCUCUUCAAUUUCUGCUACACUUUUUAUGCCUCUGUCCUCUGUUACUAAAUUAGAAGGAAGUGAUUGAUAGAUUGGCAGAUUGAUGUAAGGCGUCGCAACACCUGAGUCAUACCACGCUGUAAGUUUACUGGAAAGACAAACUUAUUAUAAUUUCCCUUACCAAUUGAUGUCUAAGUGAUUCGUUCGUUUCCAGUGAAGUAAAUACGAAAGUUACUGUUAACACACGUACGAGUAAUCUGAGAAAAUAUUAAAUCACAGGAACCAAAUGGUAUAAAAAAAGACAACAAGGGAAAUUUAAGUGUAAAGAGUGAAUAUCAUAAAUUAACCAACCAGAGAAUAGAAACAGAAUAAGUGAUGACUCAAACAGAGGAGAAUGUAAUAGACAACAGGGAAUAAAAAAAAGUGUAAGGAGUAAACAGGAUGAAGUAACAGAUUAGAGAACAAAAAAAAGAGAGUAAACAACAAGAAUUAAGAGAGAAUUAAAAAAAACUAACAGGGAAUAAAGAAAAAAGAAUGGAGAGUAACAGAAAAUAGAGAAACAGUACAACGAUAGAGAUUAACAGAAGAUAACAGAUGAAUAAAUAAAAGAGCAACAAAAGAUAAAAUAAACACCAAGGAAUGAAAAAAAAGUUACAGAAAAUAAUGUCACAGUCCACGGGAAAUAAAAAAAAGAAUAGUAAUUAACAGAAGAACAGAUGAAUAAAAUGAAUGAAAAUAAAAGUAAAAAUGAAUAAAAAAGUGUAACAGAGGACACAGACACGAGGCUAAACUUCUCAAACAUAUCCUUCGGCUGCACUCCCCUAGAAACCAUAAUCUUAUACUGUAACACUGCAUGAUACAUCUAAUCAGAAAUAUACUUAAGAGAACAAUCAAGUAUUAAACCAAUAUUGCAUGUACACUCCCACACUAUCACAUGUGCGAAUAUACAUGCAUACACUCAGAUUGUGACGUGUGAAGGAACCAACCACGCCAUAUACAUCUGACCUAUCCUAAGUUAUGUAUGUAUAUAUGUGCACGUUAAUGUAGAGCCUAGAAUUGCGUGCACAUGCCUUGGAUAAUGUUUGUUCGUUUGUGUGUAAUAAUUGUAGAUGCACCAAAUACCUGGAGAUGUUAGUCUAGGUGUGUGUGUGUGUGUGUGUGUGUGUGUGUGUGUGUGUGUGUGUGUGUAUGUGUGUGUGUGUCUAAGUGUCCCUCGCGCUCCCACAGUUCUGAUGAGCAGCUUCCUUUGUAUAUGAAAAUUAUGAUGUUGGUAGUGGUAGUGGUAGUAGUAGUAGUAGUAGUAGUAGUAGUAGUAGUAGUAGUAGUAGUAGUAGAUGGUGAGGGGUGUCAGUAAAGAGACAAAUAAGUGACGAUGGUGAUAAUAAUGAUAGUGAUGAUGAUGAUGGUGACCUGAGAAAUGAGUGUUGUAAUUAGUUGAUGUUUUUGAUGUUGCUAUAGGGACUGACAAAACUCGCUUUCUGUGUGUGUGUGUGUGUGUGUGUGUGUGUGUGUGUGUGUGUGUGUGUGUGUGUGUGUGGAAACAGUUACUGGUGAGAUGACAAAAGCUCUCCCCACAUGUGCUAUAGUCAUAUUCCACCGGUGACAGUGACAGCCAUGGCCAAGAUUAGCGUGUUUGGUAGUCUUGGGUGUGUUAACGUCAGCCUGGCGAGCGUCGUGUGUUAGUUUGUAGGUUACCGUCUCGUGAGGUUGACUGCUGAGUAAUGCUGAGUUCACUGAUUUUGUAUCUUUCUUUGAUUACUUACUUUUGCUACUUUUCAUUCUAAGUACAAGUGGCUUUAUUUUACGUUUUCCCAUCACUCAAAAGUACAAAAAAGUAAUAGCUCUCUAAAAAAAAUGUUCAUAUUGUUUCAAAAUGUAUCAUAUUUAUUCGUACGUUUCUUUAUACAUUUUGUUUUUUAGCAAGAAAUGUGUUUUUUUUUUCAAGGUACAUCACGUGGUUAUCAUUUCUUUUCCUCAUUUACUGACACUGAUUUACUGAAACUCUAAGUUUUCUUUUCUUUUCGCAUUUAAUGAAAACUUAAUUUUUUUUUUCCCCUUUUCCAGUGGGUAGCAGCAUUAGUCACGUAGCAGCCAAUCAAUAGGUGUUCCUCCCAGACUCAUAUUUCCAGGUAUUGUCUUUUAUAUUUUCUCACACGAACAUAUGUAGACUAGAAGAAGAAAAAUAUAUAUACUAAAACUG